GGUCAAUUAUUAGGGUUAUGUUUAGGAAAACAAUGUUAAAAAGAUGAUAACGGUAAUGGUUUUGUAAAAUGUUUGAAAUGGAAGUAACGAAUCAUGAAAAAAAUAACGUUAUAACUUUUACUUAUGAUGAGAUUGAUAUUAUAUGUCGAUCAUGUCUGAGUAAGGAAGCAAUAGUAAAUCUAUUCGAAAUUGCAUAUAAAGGGACUCUUUUUAGUGAAAUAUUCAAUUCUUUAUUUGCUGAGCUAAAUCAAACUGAUGCAUUACCUAAAAAGAUUUGUAAUAAAUGCGUUAUUUUGUUCACUCAAUUUUGUGCAUUCAAAGAACAGAUUGUAGAAUCCCAGAUUUUAUUGCAAUCUACUAUUGGAUGUAAUGCAAAACUAGAAGAAAAUAAUAUUAAUGUUAAGGAAGAGAAAGACUACAAAGAUGAAUACGAUUCAAAUAAAGUUGAAGAAAACACAGUUGACUGCCAUGAAAUAUGCGAAGUAAAUGAUUUGAAAAACGAAAUUGAUGAAGAAAAUGUGAUUGUUAAUACACUUGAAAUCAAGCUUGAAGAAAAAGAGUAUGUGUGUAGUUAUUGUGAUGAAAAAUUUUCUAACAUUGCUAGGUACAGAAAUCACAGACAAAGAGAAUUGUUAAAAAGGCGACCUAAGAAAAUAUGCCACAUUUGCAGUAAAGAGGUUGUGUCAAAUAGGUUGAAGGAACAUUUAAUCUCACAUUCUAAUAAAAAACCAUUUUCUUGUGAUAUAUGCGGUAAGAAAUUUUCAAGAAAAGAAAAUCUAUCGAGACACAAAUAUGUACAUACAGAAGUAAAACCUCAUAUGUGUCAUAUAUGUGGCAAAGGUUUCAUACAAGCUCCAUCUCUAACAGAUCAUCUCCGGACACAUAAUGAUAUAGCCCCGUUUGUGUCCCAAUACUGUGGAAGAAAAUUUACAAAUAAACAAGCAUUUGAACGUCAUUUAAAAUUACACAUGAAAAAUCCAGAAAUGCCUUGUAAAGGAAGGAAAGGAACAGAAAAAUACAGAAAUGCGAAGUUUAUAUGUGAAUAUUGUAAAAAAGAAUUCAAAACUAAACAAAUGCUUGAUAUUCAUACAAGAAGCCACACAGGUGAUAGGCCGUACGUAUGUUCAAUUUGUGGUAGCAAGUUUAUCCAAAAUGCACAUUUAAGAACUCAUUUAUACCUCCACAAAGGUAAUAAGCCUUAUAAUUGUGGUUAUUGUGGUAAAAGUUUCGCUAUGAAAGGAAAUCUCAAUCAACAUGUUAGAAUCCAUACUGGCGAUAGACCUCACAUUUGUAAUAUAUGUCUAAAGCGUUUCUGUACUAGAAGUAGUUUAAAAAAGCAUAAGAUAAUUCAUGACGUCAAAUAAUUAUCAAUAUUUUUAUUAAUAAACAAAUUAAACUGUAAA